CCUUAAUUAAGUAAAAUGUUUUAAAAUUAGAACAAUAAAGAAAUCUACUUGAGAGUUUUGCUUUGGGGGGUUUGUCUCUAAAGGGGUUGUUCCUAGUUUUAGACACAUUGCUCUUUUCUGUUUAUAUUGGUAGCACCUAGGAUCCUGUGAGGGGACUUGGGGGACUAAUUAACACAGAAGGAGGCUGUGUUGUUCGUGUUUUGUUGGGGUCUGCUCUGCACACACUGUAAUGAAUAACCUCUGACUUGCCAGGAGAGAGUAAGAUUGUGUAGAAGCAGCAUCUUGGAGUUAUAAGGCAUUUUCAGCUUCCACCUCAGUGCCUUCCCAGUGCAGAAAACCCUUGUAGAGUCACCUUCUUGUCCCAGCGGAAGUCGGCUUUUGGGGGAACAAUAAGUCACAUAUAUUUCUGGUCACAGGUCUAAGUUGCUGGCCCUGCCCUCUGAGAUGCUACAGGUCACGUGUGUCCUUAGUGCCUUCACCCCGUCCUCAUUUGAGAGGCUGGGAGCCUGCAUGUUCUGCCGUUGGAGAAGAUUGUUGGACUGUGGCCACGUGAUUUCUGGAGGCCGACUCAGCUCCUCCUUGGUCCAUAUGUACUCUGCACACUGCAGCCUCCAAGUGGACGUUGACGGGGCCUUUCCUCCUCACGGCUCCUGUUUGUCUCACCUCAGGAGCGAAUUUCAUAUACACCUCCCGAGAGCCCGGUGCCGAGUUACCCUUCCUCGACUCCGCUUCAUGUUCCAGUGCCCCGAGCGCUCAGGAUGGAGGAAGACUCGAUCCGCCUGCCUGCGCACCUGCGCUUGCAGCCAAUUUAUUGGAGCAGGGAUGACGUAGCCCAGUGGCUCAAGUGGGCUGAAAAUGAGUUUUCUUUAAGGCCAAUUGACAGCAACACGUUUGAAAUGAAUGGCAAAGCUCUCCUGCUGCUGACCAAAGAGGACUUUCGCUAUCGAUCUCCUCAUUCAGGCGAUGUGCUCUAUGAACUCCUUCAGCAUAUUCUGAAGCAGAGGAAACCUCGGAUUCUUUUCUCACCGUUCUUCCACCCCGGAAACUCGAUCCACACCCAGCCGGAAGUCAUACUGCAUCAGAACCACGAAGAAGAUAACUGUGUCCAGAGGACCCCGAGGCCGUCAGUGGAGAAUGUGCACCACAACCCUCCCACCAUUGAACUCUUGCACCGCUCUAGGUCACCCAUCACGACAAAUCACCGGCCAUCUCCCGACCCAGAGCAGCGGCCCCUCCGGUCCCCCUUGGACAACAUGAUCCGCCGCCUCUCCCCGGCCGAGAGGGCCCAGGGACCAAGGCUCCACCAGGAAAACAACCACCAGGAGUCCUACCCCCUGUCAGUGUCUCCCAUAGAGAAUAAUCACUGUCCACCGUCCUCCGAGUCCCACCAGAAGCCAUCCAGCCCCCGGCAGGAGAGCACGCGUGUGAUCCAGCUGAUGCCCAGCCCCAUCAUGCACCCUUUGAUCUUGAACCCCCGGCACUCCGUGGAUUUCAAACAGUCCAGGCUCUCCGAGGACGGGCUGCAUAGGGAAGGGAAACCCAUCAACCUGUCACAUCGGGAAGACCUGUACAUGAACCACAUCAUGGUCUCCGUCUCCCCGCCCGAGGAGCACGCCAUGCCCAUUGGAAGGAUAGCAGACUGUAGACUGCUCUGGGAUUACGUCUAUCAGUUGCUUUCUGACAGCCGGUACGAAAACUUCAUCCGAUGGGAGGACAAAGAAUCCAAAAUAUUCCGGAUAGUGGAUCCCAACGGACUGGCUCGCCUGUGGGGAAACCAUAAGAACAGAACAAACAUGACCUAUGAGAAAAUGUCCAGAGCCCUGCGCCACUACUACAAACUGAACAUUAUCAGGAAGGAGCCAGGACAAAGGCUUUUGUUCAGGUUUAUGAAAACCCCAGAUGAAAUCAUGAGUGGCCGAACAGACCGUCUGGAGCACCUUGAGUCCCAGGAGCUGGAUGAACAAAUAUACCAAGAAGAUGAAUGCUGAGGGCAGCCACCUCCCAUCUCAGGGGCCGCAGCUGAGGGCCCGCUCGCUGUCCCGCAGGGCUGCCGGGGACGGAACAGAGCAGGCGGGCUGAGGGCGGGCAGGACAGACCCAGGAAUGGGAGCGACACUUCUCUUCACACCCCGAGGGACCCCAGCACCUUAGACAAACCCCCUGGCAGAGGCGGGGCUGAACGCCGGCGAGGGCAGAGCUCGGGCGCGCCGCAGGUCCUGCUCCCUCGGAUCGGUCCAUUUGUGAUCCUCACCUCACCCUUCCCCUUGUUGUUAGCGUCGUGGUGUUUUUGUUUCUGUUUUUUUAAGACCAUGCAGUUUGACUUUUCAUCAUUCAUCUAGGGGAAGACAUCCGAGGUUGU